CAGCAGGAGAACACUCGAGAAUUAACCCAGCCAGGGACGGGUGUCUCCUCAGAGGAUCACGGACAUCCCCUCUCCUGCCCUUUGACGAUUGAGACAUGGCUCGGGAGCCCAAGCCCGGCCCUGCCUGGCCAGGCCAGAAGAGGCCAUGGGGGAGAGCCAUCUCCUGCAACUAUGACCUGGAUUACAAGCUGUACGGGGAAGAUCUCCCCUACAGGGUGUACGAGUACCAGAGGAUCCCUCCACUAAUCAACCGGGUGCCUAUCAAGAGCCGGAGGACCCACAUGGGCAUGGGGGUCAAGAGCAACUUCAGUCCCCACAAGGCUCCCAGGAACAGUCAGCUGACCCCCAAGAUAAAGCCAGUCCAGACUGAGGAGCUGCACUCCAUCAGGGGAGAGCUGAGCCAGAUCAAAGCCCAGGUGGACCGCCUGUUGGACACUGUGGAGCGCAUGGACCAGCAGAGGGACCAGCUUUCAGGGACAGAGGGCUGUGAACAGAACAGGGGCUCUGGCAGUAAAGGUUCCUCGUGCAGAACCACUGAUCCCCAGCAGGAGCCCAGGGGCCAGAGGGCCCAUCCAGAGGCGGACAGCUUCCACAACACAGACCUGGAGGCAGUGAAGAAUCAUGCAGCAGACCAGCAAGACAGCCAGUAGGUUGUAACCCCUCCAGGCUCAUCAGCUCCAGGCACCUUCCCGAGUGGUUCCUUUCCUUGCCUUGAGUGAUUUUCCAAAGGCCUCUCAGUGGCACCCAUGCAACCCAUUCUGGAGCAAGGGCAACGGAAAUGGAGGCACGGCUCAGCCAGACCAGCCAGGAAGCCUCCCCCCAGUGCUGGCUUUAGCUUUGGUCAUGUUUCCAGAUGACAGUCUGGGGACUGGCAGGGAAGGGAAGAGGCUUGCAACUGCCCAGCACCAGCUCACCAUUCUUAUAAAGCUGAGGCCCACUCUCUGACUGCAGGUACUGUUCCAGCAGCUCUUCCCCCUCUCAAAGCCCCCAAUCCUGUCUGGGUGUCAAUAGGGGUAUCCUUUUUGUGUCGUUUCUAGCUUGUUUCUUGCUGAUGUGAUACCAUGUAUUUCAGAUCUGCUUUGGAAAUAUGUAUUAUGUCACUG